CGGACUAAAGUCAUGCAGGCCAUGCAUUUGUCGCUUUUACAGAGCUUUUGGACGAAAUUAGAAUCUGCAGGUACUUGAAUGGGAAAUCAGAAACCCGUUCAAUGAUUCUUGUGAGAUUCGGUCAGGCAUGUCAACUUCGUGCAACUCCAUCGCAAGAUUGCUCAUUGUUUGUAAAUAUUAUAAUUACACUUAGUCCGUAUAUAUAAAAAACAUAAUAUUUUGUUAAUGUUUUAUCUUGAGUAUAUACUCUUCUGAAGGAAAAAUUAAGAGUUUUGCACUCCCUUUCCAGAGGAUGAGGCUCUUUCUCCUCGUUAUUUCAACCGCCUUAGCGGCCGCAUUGCAUCAUAAAGACUUAAAGAGGGGCAUUAUCACUAGUGCAUCUUUUGGAGAUCCCUACGGGUCUAUCGGUGCGGUAAUUCCACCAGUUUCAGGUGCUCCAACACAAGCCGGAGUUUCAGAAGAUGACAUCAUUCCAGCUGAUCUGAGUGAUCGAUACAGCAUUCCCGAUGAAAGCUCGUACACCCACGCCGCUAAGCAUUCGCACCAUUUGUCACUUGAUACGCACCCAAUUCAUUUGUCUGCCAGCCCGAUACCUUACAAUGAUCACGGCUUAUACGAAGAUCUUGGAGAGCAUAUCGGGCACAAUUUCGGUUUGGAAGACGGCAUGCAUCCACGUCAGUAUUACAACGGACACGGAUCGUGGGCUGAUAACGAUCAACAUUAUAGUCUUGAUGCAUUUCCUCAUUACGUCGGCAAUGUGUUAACCAACAACGAGGCAUUACGGCUUGGAUUUGACAAGUCAUACCUGAAGAAGUUAGGAUACGAUGGCAGUCAUUGGCAUCACGGUACUAGCUGGCCUGGUCUUCAUGUUGGCAUUGGUGGCCACGGUGUGAAUCGUGGAGUUUGUCGCCAGGCGAUUGAUAUCGCAUUUUUGGUUGAUGGAUCUACUGACAAAAACAAUUUUGAAAAGUUCAUCGACUUUAUAAAUGCUGUUCUGCAUAAAAUCCCGAUUUCCGAAACUGGAAGCAGAAUAGCUUUGGUGAAAUUCGCAGAAAAGGGAGAACUUGUGUUUGGCUUUGAUAAGUACCUUAGCAAUCUAGCAGUGGCACAUGCUCUCAAAGACGCUAAAAACAAAUUCGAGAAAAAGGAUGGACGAAAGCUCGGCGACGGCCUAAAAGUUGCCAAAACGGACCUGUUUGAUGUAUCGGGCAGAGACGAAAAGCACAAGAUUUUGGUUGUUCUUUCAGAUGGUGCUGCGGGGGAUUCUUUCAAUGAAUAUGCCCAGGCGCUUAGAGAUGCAGCAGUCUCAAUCUACUUUGUCGGGCCAAAGCCAAAUUUGAAGAUGGAACAAAUAAAGGGAAUCGUCUCUGACAAGGAUGAAUGGUUCUCGUAUAUCACAGAGGAUUAUGAGAAGAUGAUCAAAGAUGUUGCUCCAGUUUUCCCUCCCAUCAGUUGCAACGUUGAUGUUGUAUUUGUGGUGGACUGCACUCAAGGAGAGAAGACAAAACUAAAUGCAAUCAAAGCACUUAUAAGACGUGCUAUAAGCGGCCUCAGCAUCGGAACGAGGGGUGACCACGUAGCUGUUGUUACCUACGGUGGAAAGAGUGUAGUGAAAUUUAACCUAAACAAAAAAUCCCAGCCUGGCAAAGUUCAGGCAGCCCUUCAAGAACUAGAAUGCGGAAAAGGUGGAGCUGCGGAUGGUGCCCCUGCACUGGCACAAGUUAGAGAUGUUUUCCAGAAAUCUGGGCAUCAAGGUUCCAUAAACAUCACUGUCUAUAUAUCUGGAAGCAAGACUGCUAGUAGCAUUGCAGAGCCGGCAAAAACAUUGCGUAAUAUGGGUGUCAGAUUGUAUGCGGUUGGGUACGGAAAAGACGCCAGUGAAGAUGACUUGAAGAAGAUCGCAUCUCUGCCAAGUGAUUACUUUGUCCACGUCAAAGAUGACGAGUUGAAGCUAGAAGCUAUGGUCGGGCCGAUCUUACAAAGUCAUAUCGCUGACGUCAAAGGAAUGGGAGGUUUCGGUGGAGGUUCAAUAGGAGGUCACGGCUGGUUGAAUUCGUUGAGCGGACUUGGUGGCAUCGGUGAGUACGGUGGAUGGGGUGGAUCGUAUCUCCGAUCUGACGUCGAAACUCAGUACGACUAUCCGAGCAUACAAAACAUUCAAGACGACACAGCAAAACUUUUAAAGGAUGUAUCAGGUAACAAUGUUGAUCAAGAUGGAUUUUCAACAUCAAUGAGCCCUAAAGAACCCGAGCUGGAUUUCCAUCGUCCCACUGGAUCUGAAGAGUCUGCCUUGUAUCAAGACGACAUCGAAGAAUCAAUCAAGGAUGCAAGCGGAGUUGAUCGAGCAACAAUCGAGAGCGAAUCACUGUCAGUCCCGACUUUUGAUGCGUCGCACGGGGAUUCUCUCAUUGCAAGGAGUAAGGCGAAGAAGGAUUCGAAACAGCGAAAACGAACAGUUAGCGGAAAACGAGCAAAGAAAAUGUCUGUUUCUAAAAUGAACACACACAAGAAAGUUGCUGCAAGCAGAGAUAAUAUCGAGGCUAAAAAUGAAACCUCGACUGCUGAUAAUGCUACUGCAAGUGAAGGUUCAAAUGUGAAAGAGGCAGUUCCUGAUAACACGUCUGCUAAUACAACGGAUACGUCCGCUGGAAACAAUAUCGCAGACAAUGCAACUGUUACAGAAGAUCAGAGUAAGAGCAACAAAACAUUGUCUGCAAGAGGAAAGGUUGAUCCAUACUCAAGCAUCGGUACAGAUACGUCCUCAGAGGAGUCAGCCUCGAACGUGAAUGUAAAUAUAAACAAAGAUUCCAGCAGUGAAAGCAAAUCAAAUGACGCUACGCAGGAGAAGAAGACCCAGAUCAAAGAUUCUAAAGCUGAAACAAAUGAUGUACACAAUGACGUCAUCAACACGGGGUAUGAGUACAACGAAGCUACAAAAAGUAACGUCCCUUCAAAAGUUAAAGAAGGAGCUGCUGUUAAAAAACACACGACGAAAGCAGAUGCCGAUUUGGAGCAACCAGUACACAUGUUAGUAAAAUCUAUUUUUCACAAAGCGGCCAAAAAUGUUAUGAAAGAUUUUGCCAAGUCAAAUGGGCUUAAAAAUGUGGCUCAAAUGCUUGUAAAAGCUGCAAUUCAUAAUGCCAUGUUAAAAAGACCCUCGAUGACGAGUGCUUUGAAAGCAAUGUCAAAGCAAACGAAGAAAGCAAACAAAAAGAAGAAAAAGUUUCACGCAGAAAGGCGAAGCAAGCUUCAAAAUAAAAAAGAUGCCAAACCGGAAACACGAUCAAUGAAAUCAACGACCACUGAUGAUCUGAUGGCAAUCGGAGGAAAGAAAGCGGAAAAAUCGACGGCUGAGGAGGAGUUUUCUAUUGUAGAGGAUUCCAAGAAGAGAUCGAACAUAGCAAACAAUUAAGGAAGUAGCAUGCAACUCGCAAGUUGUCUGUUUAUGUUGUAGUUUCUGCUUUCUGGAGGGACAAUGCUGGCAUAGCGAUUAAAUAUGUGCUCUGGCCUUGUUUCGAGACAAGAAUCCAAGUGAUUUCUUCUGUAGAGUACUUAGAUUUACCGCAUGGAGUAACGCGAACUUGGAAUGUUGUUGCUGCUGUAAUGCUAUGUGUGGACAACACAGACAUAUAUAUGUUUUUGUUCAAAAUGAAAAUUGUACAAUAUUGUGUAAAAUUUUUAAAAUUUUGUCCUAUUCCUUAAGUUUUUUAUGAUCAAUUAAUUUCUCUCGUCAA